AUGGCUUCUUCCUCUUACGCACCAUUCUCUGCAUUCUUCAGUGGUUUCGCUCCAACCAAACCUAACCCACCUCAAACUUCAUCUGUUUUUCUUGUCCCUUCAUCACUGAAGCGAAGAUCAAGUUCUCGGAAUCUGAAAAAUAGGGUUUCCUUGAAAUCUUGGAAUAAUCAUGGGGUUCAAUUCAACUCCAGAAAUUUGAGUGUUUAUGCAAGAGCUACUGAAGAGAAGACUGUUCACGAUUUCACUGUAAAGGACAUAAGUGGGAAGGAUGUUUCACUAGACAAAUUCAAAGGAAAACCUCUGUUGAUCGUUAACGUUGCUUCAAAAUGUGGUUUGACAUCAUCAAACUACACAGAGCUUACACAAUUGUACGAGAAAUACAGGAACCAAGGAUUUGAGAUUUUAGCUUUCCCUUGCAAUCAAUUUGGAGGUCAAGAACCCGAAUCAAACCCGGAUAUUAAGCGAUUCGUGUGUACCCGCUUUAAAGCGGAGUUCCCUAUAUUCGACAAGGUUGAUGUGAAUGGACCAAGCACAGCUCCAAUCUACCAGUUCUUGAAAUCAAAGUCUGGUGGGUUCUUGGGUGAUCUCAUCAAAUGGAACUUUGAGAAAUUUUUGGUUGACAAAAACGGAAACGUUGUCGAAAGAUACCCUCCCACGACUUCACCUUUACAAAUUGAGAAUGACAUCAAGAAGUUGCUUGUGGCUUAAAUAUUCUACUGUUUAUAAUUUGAGAGAUUCGUAGUGUCUCAAUAACCGGUUUAUUGUUGAUAUACCAGAAAUUCAGAUAGACAUGUAUCCCUUACGUUAAUCUUAUACAAAUGCCAUUAUACGAUCGAAAUUUCAAAUGUAACAUUUAUGUACAUUUCGGAGACAUCCGAUUAUUAUGCAAUUUACACACACUUACACACAUGAUCACACACAUAAUCUUUGAACAUAACCAAAUUCAAAGAGCCGGUUUAUAUAAUUAGUAGAUCAACCUUAGCGUCGAGAAGAAGAGUCCUUACGUGACCGUGGCUGAAACCUAUGGCGUAGAUAAAUAGGUGGAGAUACCUGUGAGGAUCGUCGAGAUACUCGAGGAGGAGGAUCUCGUCUCGGUCUAGCCUUAGGAAGAGCUGGCUGUGGCCGUUGACAUUCUUCUUCUUGUAAUUUUUCUUCAUGAGGUUCGGUCCUCGUUAACCUCUCUCUGAUUUUGUUAAACGUCCUGAACCUAUACAACGACAAGUAUGAAAAGUAGUCAUCAUGAUACCAUAACCAGCAUAACCCACCAACUGGUGCUACUGGUAGGUCUUGUUGGGUGGAUUGAAUUGCUACGUUAUCGACCGUUGUGAUGUCUCUGUUUCCGGUUAAGGGAAAUUCUAGCGUCUCGUCUUGCCCUAACCGUACAAGUCUCUCCCUCGAAUCCUCCAUAUUUUUUUCUGUUUUUUUUUUCCUUACAAAAAGUUUUUCUUCUUAGAAUGUUAUACUGCACAUUUGCCUUUAUUUUGUAAAGACUUGUACACUACAAUUAAUUAUGAUUUUACGAUAAUGGUUAACUAAUCAGAGGAAACUUUCUUUGAUUUAAAGUUUAAAGAGGUAAUUAAAUAUGUAAUUUACAUGUUUUGACUUCUUUGUUUAAUUUUAUUAUCCUCCACUUGAUUGAUAAAUAGUAUGAUCAUGUAUUGCUUAAAGAAAAUAUAGUUUUUGAUUAUUUUGAAACGGCUGACUAGUACUGUAUAAAUUAAUUUAUCUUUCUCAAAACUAAUUUUUGUUUGAUAUUAAAAGGAGGAAGUACUUCUAUGUUACACUAAAAAUUUUAGAGAAAAGUUUUAGGAAUAACAAAAGAUGAUUUGUUUUGUAUAUAAAAUGAUCAAGAAGAGCCAAUUGCUAGGAUUUGUAUCCUUUUGACAUUUUUUAACUUUCUAGGUAAGACUUCAAUUUGCUGAAAUGACUUAUACCAUAAAACUUGGACAAUUUCAAC